CGCAAGUGCUGACGCGGCAGCUGCCAGACAAAUUUCACCCGCCAAACGAUGAACCGUUUGAAACACCCAAUGGCGGCUUUGGCCCUGUGCAAGACGACGGUUACGGGGUGUGCUACUGCUUAUACGGCGAUAGUCUGUUUUACUUUACCAUCACCUCGAAGCACAGCUGCAAAUCGACUUCUUCGACGCGGCUUGCGGAGCACAUUACGAGGGCACUGCGUGAUAUGGCUGCACUUACAGGAUGGAAUAAAGAGGCAGCCCCCCGAAGAGAGCAGCGAGCAUGA